CUAGAGCUGGUGGUGGGGGGGAAGCAUUAAUAUGACAUAUAUAUAUGAUAAACAAUAUAAAUAUCUGUCAUUAAAGAUAUCUAUAGAUGGCUUUACACCUUUACAACAUUUUUGAUCAGGCAGGCUUUUCAACGCUCUAGUGACGCCAUCUAGAAGCGUCAGAGGGCCCAUUUGAACCCACGUGUGUACACUGUGGGCCAACCAGGACACGUUUACACAUCGUAUUGUAUUUAUACUCAUUUCUAUAUAAAUAUAUAUCGAUAAAGCGCACUGUGUCUCCAGGAUGAGCGCCCAGAUUACUUGUGUCGGAUGGGUGGGGAGAGGCGUUGCCAAGGAAACCCCGGAGAAGGUUGAGUUGAGCCAAGAGGAGCUACAGCGCAUCAUCACUGAAGCAAAAGAGGAGCUGGGGGAACUAGUAGUCGAAGAUGACGAAGAGGAGGAUGAAGGUAUUGCUUCUGAGCCGAAUCCUGGCAGUGAUACACCCGACGUUGCUGAAGUCCCAAAGGAUGAGAAUGAGGAAGAUGACGAGCUAGCAGAGUAUGGCCUGGAUAAAUAUGAUGAAGAGGAUACAGUGACCUCUAACCUCGGCGACAGUCUGGCUGGGCUCACAGUGUUCUGCUCUAAUGAUGAGGAUCCUUACAUCACCCUCAAAGACACAGACCAGUAUGAGCGAGAAGACUUCCAAAUCAAGCCCGGCGACAAUCUCAUCCUGACUGGACGGGCAGAGAAAGACUGCUGCAAUUUGGAGAUUCAUGUUUAUAACUCACAGGAAGAAUCUCUAUAUGUUCAUCAUGAUAUCCUGCUGCCAGCUUACCCGCUGUGUGUGGAGUGGCUAAACUUUGACCCCAGCCCUGGAGAAGGACUCGCUAACUACGCCGCUGUGGGAAACAUGACCCCUCAGAUAGAUGUGUGGGACCUGGAUGUGGUGGACUGUUUAGAGCCAGUCUUCUCCCUGGGCAGCAAAAAGGCCUCCAAGAAGAAAAAGAAGAGCAAGAAGGGGGCAGCAGCAGCAGAACCUGUCGAGGGGCACACAGAUGCAGUGCUUGAUUUAUCCUGGAACAAACUGGUCAGAAAUGUGUUGGCCAGCGGAUCAGCAGAUGACUCAGUUAUCUUGUGGGAUCUUACUCAAGGCAAACCAGCCACAACUCUCCGCAGGCACACUGAUAAGGUCCAGACGUUAGCAUUCCACCCAUUUGAGGCUCAGACUCUGAUAUCGGGCUCAUAUGACAAGACUACUGUGCUGUACGACUGCCGCAGUCCAGACAACAGUUACCGGACCUGGAGGUUUAGCGGUCAAGUGGAGCGUCUGAUCUGGAACCACUUUUCACCAUGUAACUUCCUGGCCAGCACAGAAGAUGGAUUUGUCUACUGUCUGGACGCACGCUCGGAUAAACCUGUUUUCACACUGAGGGCUCAUGAUGAAGAAGUGUCAGGUUUGAACCUCAGCAGCCAGAUUAAAGGAUGCCUGGUCACCUCAUCAGCUGACAAACACGUGAAGAUUUGGGACAUACUGGGCAACAAACCCAACCUGGUGCACUCAAGGGACAUGAAAAUGGGUGUGCUCUUCUGUGCCUCGUGCUGCCCUGAUAUGCCCUUUGUCUACGCCUUUGGGGGGCAGAAGGAUGGCUUACGGAUUUGGGAUAUAAGUGAUGUUGCAGCAGUGGCUGAGGUAUUUGGCAGUCGAGAGCGCCUGGUGGUGAACGCGGGAUCGCAGGCAUCCAGCGGUGCAGCGACAGCAGAGAUGGAAGUCUUGUAGUGACGCUCUGGAUGCAUCAACAACCUGUAAACACGAAUGAACUGUGGACACCUGGAAACGUACGAAGCUGCUCCGCUUGUUGCUGAGUUCCUCGGAGGGCAGCGCUUAGUACGUCGAAACACGAAUUGGAGUAAACAAGGCUGCAUUCGUUAGGGGUUUGAAAGGUUGGCCAGAAUGCAAACUGGUAUUAAAACGCCUGAAAAACUUGUUCAGCUUGUCUCUCUGCACAGAUAAUAACAGUGGCUUUGCACUCUUGAAGACGUCAUGAGAAAAGACAAGAACAUAUUUCUUACGUUUAUUCAUAUAAGUGAAUAUUUCCCAAGAAUUUAUUUUUUGUUUUUGAGUUUGGAAGCAGUGAUUCAAAUAUUUUAAUUGUUUUAUAUCAAUUUGAGAACUUUCUUUCAUUUUGCUUUUCUUUGUACAUUUACAAAUGAAACAUGCUACCAAGAGUAUUUUCACAUGAAAGUGUGUCAUCUACAUUGUGAUAUUGCAUACCUGGGUUUCCUGGUAAUAAUGAAUGGUAAAAUGAAAUAUUAAAAAGAAGCCUGGCCAAAGUAUUGAAAAAUAAUAGACUCUCUGAAAAGCUGUAUAUUCAAUAAAUAAAUACCAUUUAUAAAAUGUGUAAA